GAAACGAACAAUGUGCACUUCUCUGUGAACUUCAUCCUUCCAUGUCUCUGUCCACAAUUGAGGUAGAGAUAUGUAUUUUCGUCAAAGGGAACAUGAGUAAUCAAGCGUGUAUUCCAUUCAUAUCUGUAUCUUCCUAAACAGAAUAUGGACUCGUCUGCCCAAUAAACACAUACGUUAUUAACAAGAGAGGCCUCAGGGAGGGUGACAUCACAGAAGCUCUAAAAGGUUUAGCUCUUGCUUCAGUGUUUACCUAAGUACUAACAAGCAAAUAGAAACUGUAGCCCUACGAAGGAACGCUACUAAACAUUCCUGCAACAAUAACAACUUCCUUCUAGAUCUCGAAGAGAAGUUGGUGAUAGUUUCAGAGACUUUUUCGUCCUACGUCUGGGAAAAGACCGACUCGAAAUGGAAAAUGAGGUGACUCGAUUCGGAGUAUGGGACUAUUUGGUCCUAGGUGGGAUGCUUCUCGUUUCAGCCGUGAUUGGGAUCUACUAUGCCUGCUCGGGCGGGAAGCAGCAGACUGCGACUGAGUACCUCCUCGCCGAUCGGAAAGCGAGUCCCCUCCCCGUCGCCUUCUCUCUGGUCGCGAGUUUCGUCUCUGCCAUCACGGUUCUCGGUGUCCCUGCUGAGGUGUAUGCCUAUGGCAGCAGGUAUUGGCUGUUCGGCUUCGCUUUCAUCGUGGCCGGGUGCAUCACCAGCCUCACCAUGCCCGUGUUCGUGAGACUACGACUUACAAGUGCGAAUGAGUAUCUUGAACUUCGAUUUAAUAGCGCGAUCCGACUGGUCGGGACAACGAUAACCUUCUUUUCCAUGUCCCUUCCUAUCUCUCCCUCUCCCUUUCUCUUUUUCUCUCAAUCUCAGAUUUUCUAUAUUGCUGUGGUGAUCUACGCCCCUGCUCUGGCACUUAACCAAGUAUCUGGUGUUAGUCUAUGGGGAUGUGCCAUUGCCACCGGAGUAGUUUGUACGUUUUACACUACAAUAGGUGGAAUGAAUGCUGUGCUGUGGACUGAUGUAUUCCAGUCGUUGGUAAUGAUGUGUGGUCUCCUGGCCGUGAUCAUUCAGGGAUCAAACGAGAGCGGCGGUAUGGACAAUGUCUGGAGCAUCUGCCAGAAAGGAGGAAGGAUUAAUUUCUGGGAAUUUGAUCCCGACCCUACUAUCCGCCAUAGUUUCUGGAGCAUUGUCAUCGGAGGUGGAUUCACCUGGGGCGCCAUCUACGGCAUAUCACAAGCGCAGGUCAUGAGAUAUCUCGCGUGUGGAAAAGUCAAAACUGCCAGAUUAGCACUUGGAAUGGCGAUUGUUGGUAUGAUCAUCGUGCUAUCUUCUGCCGUGCUUGCUGGGAUGGUGAUCUAUGCACGAUACGCUACAUGUGACCCUUUCCGUACGGGUAGAGUUACUAGUGGCGACCAGCUGAUGCCCUUUAUAGUUUUGGAUCUUUUCGGUGACACACCAGGCCUCUCUGGACUAUUCACUGCGUCAAUAUUCAGCGCAGCCAUGAGUACGGCGUCUUCGGGUCUCAAUGCUCUCACAGCUGUUACGACCGAGGACCUCGUGACCAAAAUGUUUCCACGAGUGGGCAAGAGUGAAAAACUAUACGCGAUAGUCAGCAAAAUCGUAUUGCUUUCAUAUGGAGCCAUUUGUAUUCUGCUGACCUAUGUAGCAUCUUACCUGGGAAGUGUUCUGCAGUUGACGCUUAGUCUUGGUGGAAUGCUUGGUGGGCCUGGUCUUGGUUUGUUCACCCUUGGAAUGUUCUUCCCAUGGGCAAACAGCAAGGGCGCUCUUGUAGGAGUGCUUGUCGCUCUCGCCUGGAGUCUGUGGGUUGGUGUUGGAACAUAUGUCGAUGGCAUCCUCUAUCCCCGAAACCCUGGCUUUCUCCCGCUCGAUAUCUCCGGGUGCCCUGCUCCUCCGACGGUAAACACCACCAUGACGACCCUGAUGAUGGAGACGACAUCUUUGCAAAUGACCUCUGAGAUGAUGCUGUCAGUCGCGCCGCCAAUGUCUCCCCCGGAACCUCUUGGAAUCUACAGGUUAUCUUACAUCUGGCUCGGUUUCUACAGUUGGAUGAUUACUCUGGUUCUGGGAUUACUUGUCAGCUUCAUAACAGGAGCGACGGAUCCGCGAAAGCUGGACCCGGCUCUGAUUAGUCCUAUCGCCGAUUGGUUCUUCUGUUGCUUGCCUGCCUCGUGGAAGUCUACACUCAGAUGUAGGGUAGGGAAGCAUUACAAACCGGACGAAACGGACCUUGUGAAGGGUGAAGCCUGCGAAGUCAAAGGUCAUGAAAAUGGGAUUGAGCUGUUAAAUGGAUACCCGGUAGGUUGCGAAGGUUAA